AUGUGUGCAGAAGAAAACCACAUCAUCAUCAUCAUCAUCAUCAUCAUGGGAUCGUUUCUGGUUUUACCUCAUCUGCUGGUGUUCAUAUCAGUGUUUUCUCUCAGAUCAAGAAUCUUCUACCCUUUCGGUUUAUCAGCAGGAGACUCAAAAACAACUGCUGAUGAUGAUGCAAGCUCCUCUGCUAUUACACUGUUGAGUCCCUUUCUGUUCUUUGGACGAACAUACCAGCAGAUUUACGUAAAUAAUAAUGGAGAUCUCACAUUCAGCCAGGCUUUACCACAGUUUGUUCCCUCCUCAUUUCCUGCUAAUGGAAGUCAAGAUAUUAUUGCUGGAUUCUGGGCUGACCUUAAUAACGGAGCAAGUGGAGUCAUCUCUUAUAAUCAAUACGCUAAUGGAAGUGUUCUCACUCGCGCCACUCAGGAUAUCAACAGUUAUUUUCCAAAUCUGCCCUUCACUGCUUCUUGGGUCUUUGUUGCAACGUGGGAUAAAGUGCCGUACCUUUCCUCUAUAGCAGAAACAUCUUUUCAAGUGGUUUUAAUAUCAGGCAGUAAUUAUUCAUUUAUUCUGAUCAAUUAUGGAGACAUUGCUGCAACAGAACGAAAAGUGGAGGCUGGUUAUGACACAAUAAACUCCACAAAUUACUUUGUGAUUCCUGGAUCAAACAAUGGGAGUUCUGUCUCAAACCUCAAGAACUCCAGUAAUGUCAAUGUUCCAGGCAGAUGGGUGUUCAGGGUGGACGGUGGACCAAAAGACAGCAUUGUGAAAAGUAAGACUUUCUAUUUCUUAAGCAUAGAUAAUAUUUUGAUAUAUUUCACAUGCAAUGUGUUUGUCUGA